UGAGGGUGCAGAGUUUUAGGACGAAUAACAAAAAGCAACAGCACUGUAUUCCCACCACUAGCGUUGUCAAAACGCCCCGUUUUGUUACUGGUAAUCGCACUUGACAGAGCGCAGACGGAGAAGAAGGAGAUCGAGCGAGCAUCUAAAUAAGCCUCUCGUUCAAUGGCAGAGAAACCUAAACCAGUUCGCGUUCUGUACUGCGCAAAUUGUAGUUUACCAGCUGAGUACUGUGAAUUUGGCCCAGAUUUCGAACGAUGCAAACCCUGGUUGAUCCAAAAUGCUCCUAGCCUUUAUCCCGAUCUCAUUCAAGAGGCAAAUGCUCAGGAAGCUGAUAAUGUAGCCGAUCAGUUACAAUCCACCGGUAUUUCAUCUAGCGGCAGCCGUGGUGGCGCUACUUCUUCAGGAGGUCCUUCUGCCACUAAGGAAGAAGUAAAACGUCUUCCUGGUGGAAAAAUAAAGAAGAAAGAGAAGCAAGAAGUUAUUAUUGAAAAGAUGACACGUAACAAGCGAAAAUGUAUUACCACUGUAAAAGGGCUGGAACUUUUUGGUGUUAAACUUAGUGAUGCAUCAAAGAAGCUUGGGAAGAAGUUCGCUACUGGAGCCUCUGUUGUUAAGGGUCCUACUGAGAAGGAGCAAAUUGAUGUUCAAGGAGACAUAGCCUACGACAUUGUGGACUUCAUUACAGAGACCUGGCCAGAUGUUCCUGAAACCGCAAUUUAUUUUAUUGAAGAUGGUAAAAAGGUCCCUGCCGUCUGAUUCAGUUUCAUAGAGUAUACAAGAUAUUUGGAGUGUGGCGUAGUUCUCUUUCACCGUGCUCUGAACUCAAUGCAGUUUUAAAAAGAAAGGGACUGCUGAAUUGAACAGAAUCAUCAGCGGAGCAUUUUGUCAUAAUUUAAGAUCACCUAUUUUGUUUAAGUUAAAAAAUAGUUUUUACUUUUGCAGUCGAAUGGUAACUCGGAAUUCAGAAAUAUUGGCUGCAAUUUGUACAGGGGCGGUUUAUGUACCGUUGCUUGCUCCGCUUGUUUCUUUUGGAGCAGCUGAGUUGGUUUCUUCAUGAAUUACAUGCUUUUCAGAUUAAUCUACAUUUUAUUUUUA